GCGGCGAGUGGCUCGGGCCGGUGACGGCCGGCGGUGGCUCCCCCGAAUCGGCCCCUGGUCUUCCCGGGCGCCGGCGGGGCACCGUUCGCCGGCUUUGUCCGAGGCGACGUGACGUCACGGGGUGGUCAUGUGGUUCGUCCUCCAAGAUGGCUACCCCCCUGGCUGCUGUGAGGCGGCUGUGAGAGACAGGGGAGGACGGAGAGUGGCGCUGGCUGCUGUCAGGAGGUUUCCGGGAGAGACGAUGAUUGGAUCCCCGGAUCUGGUGGCCUUCACCCGGGAGGAAGAGUAUGAUCACCCCAGGGGCUCCCCCGGGUUGCCGGAGGAGUACUCGGUGCCGCUCUUCCCCUACUCGGAGGUGGAAAGCAGCCCUUGGUCACGGCUGUCCGGAGCUAAGUUCUCCCGGGACUUCAUCCUCAUCUCCGAGUUCUCCGAGCAGGUUGGGCCGCAGCCGCUUCUCACCAUCCCGGACGACCCCCAGGUCCGUGGGGUCUUCGACCUGAACUACUUCUCCCUGCGCAUCAUGUCGGUGGACUACCAGGCCUCUUUUGUGGGCCACCCUCCUGGCUCUUCCUACCCCAAGCUCAACUUCGUGGAAGACUCCAAGGUGGUGCUAGGAGACUCCAAGGAGGGCGCCUUCGCCUAUGUCCACCACCUCACCCUGUACGACCUGGAGGCCCGGGGCUUCGUCCGGCCCUUCUGCAUGGCCUACAUCUCCACCGAUGAGGACAAGAUCAUGCAGCAGUUCCUGGCGCUCUCCGGCGACUUCUCCAAGGCCUCAGACUGCCUGAAGACCGGCAACCGAAAGGCGUUCGCCAACGAGCUGGAGAAGAAGCUGAAAGACCUGGACUACACCCGCACGGUGCUGCUGACCGAGAUGGAGGACCAGCAGAAGACAGAUGACAAGGGCUUCUACACCACGCAGGCCAUCGAUAAAGCCAACGAGCUGGCCAACGUGGAGAAAUCCAUCAUCGAGCAUCAGGAUCUACUGAAACAGAUACAGUCCUACCCUUACAGGCAUUUAAAAGGCGAUGACUACCAGCCAUAUGUUCCAGAAAGCUCCCCGGACGAGACCACUCCACAGGAGUCAGAUCAGGCCGCAGCCUCUGACCAUGAAAGGAACAAUGAGGCCGACCUGUACAUCCCUAGGGCCUCUUACACUCCCAAGUUUAUCAAAGCCAAAUCUUCAAAAUGUUUUGAUAAAAAACUGAAAACGUUGGAGGAGCUGGUUGAUAUUUACUUCUUCACGCAAACCAUCAACCUGCUGACAGGUAUUGAAAAACGAUAUAGAGGUGAUGUCAGCUACUUGCUGAUGAGUAAUCUUGACAAGGCCCUCUUGGGUCAACAAGCCAUUGCAAACUUCUUAUUUGAGGAUGUGUCAACAUGGGAUUCGAGGUUGAUGGACCGGCAGUACUCUGAUAACUUGGGGAUUCCCCAACCUAUGCAAAGCUCCACAUUUGUAGAAGAGCCCGAAAGCUUGAAGCCUUUGGCAAACGCAGCAUCGUACAAGUCAAGCGUGGAGUCUGUUCCUAUAAAAAUUGAGCAGGAGAUAUUUAAUGGUGAACGUGAUGGAGAGGAGUCUGGUCCGUGUACCUGUGAUAACCAGGGAAAUGUUGAAUUUCUUGAUGUUGAAGCCAAAGGGAGUUUUAGCAGCGGCGAGAGUAUCGAGGUCUUAAGGACUGAGAAGUCUACCUCACCCAUUCACUCGGAAAGUCAGCCUUGUCUUAGGCUGCAUCCCAGUCCACAGCCUUUGAGGAGCAAGGCAGGUAGUAGAAGAACCAUUAGCGAGGACAGCAUUGAGGUUCUUAGCACCUGCACUUCUGACACUGUGAUCCCCGAGGAUUUUAGGGGAACCUACCAAAUAGCCAUUGAUGAAGAAGAUCCCUGUGUAGAGGAGUUGAUUAGAGAGCAGCAUGACUGUCAGAGUGUCAAUAAAGUGGAUGCCAUGAAGGGUAAUUCCUCCUCUGGGGAUGAUUUGUUGGUUGACCCUGCCUGCUGUAUAAGGGCAGAUACGUCAAGUCCAGAAGAGCUAACUGGAGAUCUUGUGCCAGAAAGUUGCGUUGAUGGCCCUGUUGUUAGCGUCCCACCACAGCCAGGCAAACACAUGGGACAGACAUCUAGUCAGGUGACAUUCCUGGUAGAACAGGUGGACAAUGCUUCUAGAGAAGUGGUACCUACACCCGAAUUGGGCUACUUACUAAGCAGCAGGGAUGCAGAAAGAAAUACUCUUGAUGAGUAUUCUGAUUCCACAAGCUAUAGAAGCAGUGCAUCUACGUGUUCUGAUAGGACCCCUUCCCCGCCCCCCAUCACCACGGUCACCGACCGUCAAAAAAGAAAAGCUGGCCAAAAUGCCCUGAUGUUCAUCAGACAGUACCCCUUCUCCCACCCUGCCAUUUACUCUCUCUUGAGCGGGAGAACUCUAGUAGUGCUGGGCGAGGAGGAAGCAUUUGUGAAGAGACUCGUGACUGCUUUGUCUGUGUUUGUCCCCAACUGCGGACAUGUUGCCAAGCCAGUAAAGCUGUGGGUGACUUCUCCACUGCACAUAACGGAUUUCCAGAAGUGGAAAUUGAUUGGUCUUCAGAGAGGGGUCUCUCCGUCCGGCUCCAACACCCUCCACUCCCUGAACCGUUACAGUCGAUACACCAGCGUCUUGGAUGCGGACAACAAAACCCUGCGCUGCCCAGUGUACAGGGGGACCCUCUUGCAGAGGCUGGCGGACCACCGCACACAGAUCAGAAAGGGCAGCACAUACUACAUGCAUGUCCAGAGCAUGCUGACCCAGCUUAGCGCCAAGGCGUUCCUCUUUACCUUCUGCCCCCACGUGCACCUCCCGAUCCGGGAGAAGGAGAGCGAGGAGUCCAUCGCGCAGCGCAGGGCGGCUUUCUUACAGCAGCUGCUGGGGCUCACUCAGGAGGACGGCAAGAUCGUAGAAUACCUCUCGGAGCUUCUCAAAAUGCAUUACCUGAGGGAAACGGGGACGCAGCUCCUUCCUGUCCUCAGAUUUGACUAUAUCCCCAGCGUUUUAUACAAAAUCUGAAAUCUGGAAUGCAAUGUGAAACCGUUUUUCCCGUAGGGAGCUGUGGAUGUACAAAAGUCUUCGGAGCUUGGCAGUUUUUUGCACCUCGGGCCAUAAAGGAACUUUGAGAGAAUAUUUUUUAUUUUAUUUUAAAGCCUUGUUUGUUCGUUACAUGUCGGUAAUACUUUGGAGAACGUUUUCGCUCUAUAUAUUAUGCUACUGAGAUACCAGGCCAGGAGGCAGCCGUCGGUGUGGAAGGAGGACCAGUAACUAGAUUCAGGGUCAUCUGAAUGUGGGGUGUUAUGGUUAUUAGUACACGGUGCUACUGUGUACUGUGGAUUGGAUCCAUGAAAGUAUGAAGGCCCUCAUUCCGAGUUGAUCGCUCGCUAGCUACUUUUUGCAGCCGUGCAAAUGCAUAGUCGCCACCCACGGGGAGUGUAUUUUUGCUUUGCAAGUGUGCGAUCGCAUGUGCAGCCACGCGGGACAAAGUUUUUUGCAGUUUGAGUAGCUCAGAACUUACUCAGCCGCUGCAAUCACUUCAGCCUGUCCGGUCCCCAGAAUUGACGUCAGACACCCGCCCUGGACACGCCUGCGUUUUCCCUACCACUCCCAGAAAAUGGUCAGUUGACACCCAUAAACGCCCUCUUCCUGUCAAUCUCCAUGCAAUUGGUUGUGUGAAUGGAUUCUUCGCUAGAAGCAUUGCACAGCAACGAUGCUGUUUGUACCCGUACGACGCGCGUGCCGUGUGCAGUUUUGCCAUUUUUCUUAACUGAUCGCUGCGCUGCAAAAAUCGGCAUGUGAGUGAUCAGCUCGGAAUGACCCCCGAAGUCUCCCUCACUUGCACACAGUGGAAUCGGGCGUUUUGUGUGCUGAACCAAUAUUCAGCAUGUCCAAUUGCUUUGAGCCACUGUCCUCCCUGACUCACGAGGAGCCUGUUCCUUGUUACUAGUAAAUAGAUGAGCAGCAUUCUCGUAUCAGUUCAGCUCAUGGUACGUCUGCCUCCGCUGUGUGCGUGGCUGUUGAAUGAUCACUCUGAGGGGGAGGUGUAUCAAACCUUGGAGAGAAAUAAAUUAGAGGGAGAAAGUACCGACCAAUCGGCUCCUGUCAUUUUUCGAACACAGCCCGUAACAUGGCAGUUAGGAGCCAAUUGGUUCGUAAGUUCUCUCUCCAAGAUCUGAUUCGUCUCCCCCUUCGAACCUUGGGAUCGUGAUAGAAUUAUGGAAGGUGUAGUUUUAUCUAACGGAGCACCAACCAAAGGGUAAACUAUCCUUGCGGGUGUUUGAUUCUACAGGCCUGUAAUAAGUGUCAGGUCAGUGACAAAUAGUCUAUUUAGUAAUUGGCAGUAAAGAUAGGGCUGGGAAUGUGUAGGGAUCUUGGUAUGUUUAUGCUCCAGGUUACAUAUUGGCCCACAGACCCUCUAUAUUAAGGGUAAAAUCAUGUUUAAGAUCAGAUUCAAGGAAGUACGUGUGAGGAGAAGGUUUCACAGACCCUGAAUAUUUAAAUAGCCGCGCGCUCAUUUCACCUCUCCAUAUCCCAACGCCUUCAUCCACGUGUCCCACUGACCCAGAGGGAGCGGCGUUUGUAGUAGACAACCUGCCAUGACGCGUAUCAUUCUUGGGACAAAUAACCCAAGUUAUCAUGGCUAAACUAACCAGCGGUCAGACGUACAGUGGCACAUAGUCUGCAUGUAACCCUCCGCCACAGUUCACCGUUGCUUAUAUAUUUACAUGAGUGCUUUGUAAAUGGAGGCGUCAGGUCUCCCAGUAUCCAUUGUAUGAGCCUCUCGGCCUAGAUCUUUAUAGAUUGUGCACUGAGAAUAACACCUGUUGCCCACCCAGGACAUCGUCAUGGGACGAGCGACAGGAACACUGUCCUGCCAGGCUUGUCUUGUUAUGUGCUGCUUUUUUUUUUAACCAUAUACUGGCUUAGAGCAAGACCCUUUGAUUUGUUUGUCACUUCAAGGCGGCUGGAUGUCUUAUGUGGCAGCACAGAUGCUGACUGGCCAGUAGUUGUUUCCGGCCCAGGUUCUCCUGAGAUUGUUUCCAGGUAUACGUCACAGUGUAACCCAGCCUGCGGGGACGUCUGACGUGCUGCUUUAUGAUUCUGGUGCUUUCAGGCUAAUUCAGUGAUCCUCUGCUACCGUACGUUGAUUGGCGGGAGCUAUUACAGGUGCCAAAUGUUUAAACUGUGACUUUGAAGAUGUGCAAUAGAAAGGAACACUUUCACAAUCCUAUUGAUUUUAUGCUUUUGCAAUUGUUUUAUUUUUUUUGCCGUAUGUGUUCCGUCAGGCAGCUCACACCUAUUAUUAUAGUAUUAUAGUGUACCCCUCCCAACCGAGUCCGUUCACUAGAAGACACUUUAGUGAUAGAAGGAACACCACUUUGUGUAUAGUGGUUCACUGUCCGAUCACAGAAUAUUAUCCAGGCACAUCCGUCCCUGCCGCCGUAGAGCUUACAGUCUAAUUUCGGACAUACGAAAACAUUAGAACUAAUUUAGCCUGACACGUCUUCCACCGUAUUCUAAUUGAUAUAAAAGUGGCUGUAGGUUAGUUAAUGCCAAAACUUGAAUAUCACGUUAUAAAAUGUUUUGGGUUUAAAUAGGAUCUAUUUAUUUUUGACGGGACGCUUUCAGUGAUUUAGGAUUUCCAGUAGGAUGAAAACACCAUCAAGGCCUGGAAAAAUGAAAGACAAAUACUGAUAAGAACGAGUGUAAUAGAAUAUAAUGUUACAUUCUAUUGUCCCAUCAUGACCGUUUUAGGAGCGUUUUCAGAGCCCGCCACCUUUUGUGAGCCUCUACCUGGCGGCACAGUGAAUUACUGUGUGUCUAAUCUGUUCUCAUAACAUAUCCGUAUUCAGGAAAAGGGCCGAGUAUGCUGUGCUGGGAGUGAGAGGGUUACAAGAUGCUGCCUUCUUACGCUUGGCAGGAGUUACAGGUACUGCCUCCCAAGUAUAAGAUUCAGACCCACGAGUCCAGGGACCGUACAAGCUGUGGUGCCUAGCAAUGCACUUCUGGCUCCUACUACAACUCCCAGCAGGCAGGGGUGCUUCUCCUUUAAGGCCGUUAAAGCUGCAGCUAGCCUAGUGUUAUACUAUCUGGUCCUGACAUAUCUUGUCCACCGUUACACUGAUCUAUUUAUUUUAGUUGCUGCUGUACAUGCGUAUGUCCUGCAUGCCCAGUUUACAAUGAGUGUAGUCGGUUGGGGGCUCGUCCGGUGCUCCUGGAUCUCAGUGCCUGCGAUUGGUUAUUAUGUUGCCAUUUUAUUUUGUUUUGUUACUGUAUAUGCACUGAUUAGAGAUAUAUAUAGAUAUAUAAUUUUUUUUUUUGUUCCUGUAUUCUUUCCAUGUCAUUAUUUGCACUAAUUGAGAAAAUGUGUGAGCAUCGUGUGUCUGUCUUGUGACGCUGUGCGAAUAUAGGACUCCUGCGACGCUACCAAGCGUACUGCCAAACUUCCACGUGUCUGCCAUGGUGCGAUCACAUUAAACCCGUUUACUGGCUGUCUGUGUUUCCCAUA